AUGCCAAUCGAGAAAUAUGACGGGUCGACUGACCCAGAGGAGCACCUGAAUGUUUUCCUGAUGCAAGUCACCCUCUCAACUCAAGAUGACUCCACGUUGUGUCGAAUAUUCCCUACGUCGUUGAAAGGAAGGGCUUUGAGUUGGUUCACGCGAUUACCAAACUCCUCCAUCGACUUGUUCAGUGAGUUGGUGUCGCAAUUCACCCUACAAUUUGCAACGAGCAAGCCAUACAAGACGACCUCCCUAGCACUGGCAAGGAUUCGACAAGAGAAGAAGGAAAGUUUAAGAAGCUUUAUGGACCGGUUCAACAAAAUCAUCAUGGAGAUCGGUGACCUCAACCCAGCCGUGGCGAUGGACCGACCGAAUACUUCACUGAGACCGAGACCGUUUGUGAAUAGCCUAUGCAAGAAAUCAGCUGGAGAUAUGAACGAUCUCCAACGUCGAGCCGAAAAGUACAUGCAAAUGAAAGAAUUGGUCGAGACCAGAAAUCAGGCCAGGGCCGAAGAGGGUUACAAUCGAAGAGAAUCUGGUCGAGAGCCGAUGAAAAAGGGGAAUACUGAGCAGUCGAGCACUCAGCCCCCGAGAGGACCGCGUUAUGCGGCGUACACCCCCCUCAACGCGAGUAGGGCCAAGGUAAUGGAACAGGCCCUCGCUUCUGAGAUCCUCAUUAUGCCGUAA